GACGUCACACGCAUGACCUCGCCUCAACUCAUGUUUUAAUCAGCUCUUUGUGCAUUCAUUCCGAUUUAUUCUGCUAUUGUUUUAGUCGGGGUUGAUUUUUCCUGCGCGUUUUGUUAGCGCAUACCCGGAAGUAAACAUUUGUUGAUGCUCGUGCGGUCAGUGGCGCUUGUCUACAAGUGGAAAGUGUCGCUCUCAGGUCGGAUUACCUCCAAUAUGGACCAACAUGGCCACCGCGCAUUCCGGCAAAUCUAAAUAUAUCUAUUAAGGGCAUAGGAGGUAGGGGGACAGUGGGGGAUUGGUUAUUUUUAGCCAUUUUCACCGUUGCACGUCGGUCGGACAAGAGGUCCCAAACAUGCCCGGACCCAGCGUGAGACCCCGUGCUCGGGAGCGGAACAGCGUCCUCAACAGACCCGAGUUCAUGUCGCUUAAUCAGCCGCUGAGAGGCGGUGGACCCCCGGAGAGCCGCGGCGGUGGAGGAGGAGGAGGAGCGGGACCGAGGCGCUCCAGCUCCAUCCGCGGCCAGGCGAGCGAGGAAGCCGGCGACGGCGCCCCGAAAGCGGACGCGGCCAAGCGAGCCGAGCCGGUCCAGCAGCGGCUGCCCGAAGAGGACUGCAUGCAGCUCAACCCGUCUUUCAAGGGCAUCGCCAAGAGCUCGCUGCUCGCCAUCGACAUCAGCCUGUCCAAGCGCAUGAGCGUGUGCGCGCACGCUUGGUCGUCGUGGGGGGGCUGGCGCUCCAUGGUUAACCUGCUGGCGCUCACCGGGCACGGCCUCACCUGGAUCGUCGGUACCUUUGUGUGCCUUACGCGCAGCAACACGCUGGCCGGACAGGAAGUGCUGGUCAACCUGCUGCUGGCGCUGAUUCUGGACGUGCUAACGGUGGCGGGCGUGCAGCGCCUGGUGAAGCGCAAAGGCCCUUGGGAGAUCUCUCCAGGUUUCCUGGACCGCGUGGCCAUGGACGCGUACGCCUUCCCGGCGGCCCACGCCAGUCGCGCCGCCAUGGUGUCCAAGUUCCUGCUGUCUCACCUGGUUCUCGCCGUGCCUCUGCGCAUCCUCCUGGUGCUGUGGGCCGUCCUAGUGGGGGUGUCGCGGGUGCUGCUGGGCCGGCACCAUCUGACGGACGUGCUGUGCGGAUUCGCCCUGGGCCUUUUCCACUUUGGCCUGAUGGAGACGGUUUGGCUGUCGUCCAAUGCGUGCCAGACUCUCAUUUCCAUCGGGACCCUCAGUUGGAGCCCCUUCACCUGACUGCUUCUGUGCUAGGACUUCACCCUUUACCUGAGUUGGCACCUUCUACAUGCAAGUUUGCCUUAAAUAGACUCCUACUGUUGCUUUCAUUUCACACUUCAGACUGUUUUUUAGUCGUGUUGCACCGAUACUUGGCCCCUAAUUUGGGUUGCUAAUUCCCUGAAAAAAAUAUAAGGGACACCUCAUUGGUAGCUCCAGGUGGCCAGAUAACUGUCACCCUUGAAUUAUUUUUUUUAUUUUUCAAAAAGUGAUUUUUAAAAAUUUGAUAAUUAUAGAAUAAUCAUAAUUUUGACGCCCCCUUGCCUCACCAGCGAUGAUGAGUUCGGGUGGAGUGGGGGGGUUUCCACACGGUUGGUAACCUUCAUUGGCUAUUGUUUAGCCACAACAGGAUUCAUUGUGAUUUUUUUGAUUGAUUGAUUGAUUGAUUGAUUGAUUGAUUGAUUGAUUUUACGACACCGUGCGGGUGUGCGCAGGUUCUAAUGGGUAACAGUCUUCCAUGAGGCAAAACACUACCGCUUUUGUCCACCGGCGUCGCUAAAAUUGACCAAAACUAAAAAGUUACCAAGUGUUGCUUUAAAUACUUGUUUAAAAAAGUGCAAACCUUAACUCUGAGAUUUUUUUUUUUUUUUUUAACAACUUAGGUGUGUUCACAGUUCCCUCAGCAAUAACAUUUUUGCAAAUUAUCACUCCAAAUAUAAUGUGGAAAUACAAAUGUAACUGACAGGACACAGAAGUAUAAUACAAUUAGACUAACGUACCCAGAGAAGAACAAGAAAAACAAAUUAUCAUCAUUUUGAAUAUGCUUUUUACUCAAGCUUCACUCAAACUUCUUAUCUCUUAAGUCAUUCAUACCUGUCAACCCGAGGCCGUUGGCAAUCUUACAAAUAGUGACGUAUGCCCUUACAAAUUGGUGACUAAUCUUACAACGUUGUAUAUAGCGUGCAAUAUUAAACAAAAAUAAAACUACAUUUUUAAAAUAAUAUGAAUUUAUUAAUAUUGUAACAUAUAACCUGGUGCAAUCAAAGAACAAUAUCUUCAGCAUCAUCAUGAUUACUAAAAUUUAACAGUGACAUUUGUUAUAAUUGUAUGUAGCACUUUUGGCAAUUUCUAUCAUGUCUUGAUGGCUGCACUUCAGCUCGUAAUUAGUUUGACUUGAACUUGAAGGUUGUUUGUUAGGGUGUCCAAUUAUAAAUUAAAAAGGUCAAUUGAUAAAAUUAACUUACCGAUGCAAUCUUUGAGUCAGGGAACAUUUCUUUUGCUAAUUCUGAGAAGUGAUCAGCAAUAGUUGCAGGCAAAUUGUAUUCGGCAACAAAUUGGCAGAAUGAAAUCUCUGCUUUCGUCACUUUUCAUUCUGCAGACUUCAUCUUUAUGACCAGUGUUGUUAAUCUUACUUUUAAAAAGUAAUUAAUUAGUUACAAAUUACUUCUCCCAAAAAGUAAUUGAGUUAGUAACUCAGUUACCUGAAGGUAAGAGUAAUUAGCUACUUGGCAAAGUAACUGGUGGUACAUUUCAUGUUUUUUUUUCCAUUAAAAAAAACCCCAAACAUAUUAACCUUUGCUAUGUUUGGAAAUUGUUUAAUGUUGUGAAUCAACUGUUAAAGUUGUUAAAAUUGCAACCGUUUUUGCAUUAGUUCCCGUCUAUCUACUUUCAACAUUUUAAAGUUUUAAAACGGUUUCAUCAUUUAAAGAUAGAUUCAAGACAAGAUUUUGCCGUUUUAGGAGUAUUUUAGAUAAAAAGCUACCUAAGUUCGCUAGGAAGGUUCACUACAAUAGAGCCUUUCUAAGAGGUCUACUGCUUCAAAAUGGCAGCUGUUUAAUAACACCGCCGUCUGUCAUUUCGCAUGUAGUUCUAUAAGCAUUUGAUAUCCAGCCGUAGAUUGCAGGCUGUCGGCUACAGUCAGGAAAUAUUGGAGCUACCUAGCCUAGCAUCGCGUUUGCUACAGCGUCACUCUCAGUGUCUCUGACUUUUCUCACGUCAUUCAACCAUCUUAGUAACGCAUCGUAACGCACAUUGUCUCGUUGCCGAAACGGUGACAAAAUCUGAACGGAGAAAAAAAAAACGUAAUGCACGAAAAACGUAUAGAUUUUGAACGUACGGCGUACAUAUUUAAAAAUCAGUGCUCACUUGUACAAAUUACGCCGAAACCGUACAACUUGACAGGUAUGCUUAUGUUGUCUUCCGUUAUCAUCAUGGCAGCCGACAGAACCUCGACCAAUGAGAUGAGUGGGAUUUCGUACUGUCAUUGUUCAGUCAGCUUAUUGGUCAAAAAGCAGGAGAGGUGGGGGAGUGCGUUCUCCUGCAUAUUCUUGUAAAGCACACUACCUUUAUUUGUUGGUUUUACAAAAAAGACACUAUUUUUGAGUUUCAUUAAAAUAUGGGACAAAGUGCGUCCCUUAAAAGCUCAAUACAAAUUGAGUACAUUUGUUCCAUUUGUCAAAGGACGGUUGGCAACCCUAAUACUGAUACAGCUACCCGGAUGUGUGGUGUUGGCCGAUGGCGAUACUGCAUCGAUACCACUUUUUUUUUUGUUUGUUUGUUUUUUUAACAUGUACAAAAUAUACUUUUUAUUACUAUACUAAUGCAUGCUCACUUGAAUGUAAAAUAAUUUCCAUCAUGGAUUAGUCGAACACUGCUGAACAAUCUUUAUGCAUGUGUCUAGGCAUGUGUGAUAUUCUGACUGUAUGAUAACCUUAAGCCAAAAUAUAACGGUGUCACGGUAUCACGGUAUUGCAAUUACAGCUCUAAAGUGUGUUACUUUGAGAUAUCUAUUAUCUGGGUUAAAAAAAAAAAUUAAAUUGAACAGGAUUUUUAUUUUUCAAAACAUAUUAGCAAAUUUGAACAUAAGUAUAGUGUUAAACUAAAUAAAUAAAUAUUCUAAACAUUAAAAUAAAUACAGUCCUUUAGGUAAGCCUGGACUAACAGCCAAAGCUCAACAUUACAGAACAAAAAUAAUGGAAUUAUUUUCCAUAAAAGGCACAUGCGCGUUAUACACACACUCUCUCUUUCUCAACACAGUUGCCAGAGAGAAAAAUAACACCACAUGAUUUACCACCGCUAGACACACUAAACACGCUGGAGUUAACUCUCGUAGCUGGUGGGAAACGUUCCUGACAGUGUUUACGAACCUUUAAUUUUGUAUAAAUGCAAAAUCAUAUUGGAGGUAUUGCCUCCUUAAACAUGUUUUACAUGUCGGUUGGCCCUCCUCCUCUAAGCUGCGCCCUCUGUAGCUGAAGUAUUCCCAUACCAGCGAUUUCGUUUUCUUUGAUGAGGGGAAAAAGUUCAGGAGUUCCACCUCUUCCAGCCAUCAUGUAGCACAGCUGACUCACUGACACUGAGCAACAACCGGUGAGGGAGGGCUGAGCCUUGCAGCUAGCAAGCGAGGGAUUUCUCCAUGCAGUUUUGGGACAUAAAAAAUAGCUAAUGCCUCAGGGACUGAAUGACAGAAUUUUUUUGGCGGUUUUGAAACCUUGACAUUUUCAUAUCACUGUAUACCUUGAAACCGGUAAUCAGCACAUGUCGACUGCCUACCUAGUGUGGGUGACAAUAAAUUAAUGCACUCCUCUAAAAGCUAAGACUUAAAGUGCUCAGGAAUGCCAAAAUGUCUUUUUUAAUGUUUGUUCAAAUUGAUAUCCAGCCUGAUACUCUUAUUAGGUCCUUAGUCUGUGCCCACAUUAGUACAUUAGCUUAGCUUUUUGCUAACCAAUUGUGAUAGCAAAGGGCACAAAUUCGCCAGGUUAAUUUUUCUAGUUAUCCCUCCUUCUAACAAAUCUAAUGUCUUUAUAGAUACUCAUGUCAAUCUCAGUGUUUGUAAAACCCCAUACCCUGGCUGCUAUUACCUUUUAAAAUGUACAUUUAUCCAACAUUUGAAGUAUAUUCCAAUACAUCGAAAAUGUGUUUACUGAGCACAUACAACAACACUUACCAGAAUAAAACCCCAUUUCUUAUUCCUCUUCUUUGGCACUGACAGUUGACAAUUAAAUCUCAAAAACUACACAUUGCCCAGCAUCAGCGCACUAUUUCUUAGUACAAGCAGAUACCUGCAUUUUAAUGCCAUAUCGGGGCCCCUUCUGAUCCUAUUUUCGGUAUCGGUGCAACUUCUAAAGCAGUUUUCAAACCUCACUUUAACACAUCGCCUGCCAUUGACGGCAAAUGAGUUUAAGCCCAUGAUCAAGAGCAUCCCAGCAGCUGGAAUCUAGUUUUUUCAUUCAUUUUUCUAGCCGCUUAGCUUCACGGGGGUUGCGGGAAUCUAGUUUAACCCUUUAACACCUGAGCCUAUUUUGUCCGAAUUUGCAUGCCUUUGCUGUUGCCUUUAUAUUUCAAAGAAAAAAUGUUCACAAUGGCUUGGUUGAGUCCCUUUUUUCAGGACACCAUAAACUUAAUGUCCAAACUGUUGUUUUUGUCACUUUUGUUCAACAUUUUGGACCAAAAAGGCAAAAAAAUUCAAAAGAAACAGCAGGUAUGGUCAUAAGCGUUUUUGUCCUUUCUACAUACUAUGGUCAAAACUGGUUGUAUGCAGUACACCAACAGUGCAAAAUAGUGAAUAUAUAUAUCUAUAUCUAUAUCAAUAUAUAUUGUAUACAAUCAAACACAAAAAGGAUUUGGAAUAUAUCUCUUUGUGAAGUUAUGUAUGGCACCCAUCACCUUAUCAACAUGUAUACAUACCAUCAAACUUCUCGAACACACACAUCUAUAUACAAAUUGUUAAGAUUGAUAGUGAUAAAAAAAUCAAAUGCAACAUUGAAAAAAAGUAUUUUCAAAAAUAUUGACAAUAAACGAGUUCAGUUCAAUUUUUUCAGGCAUACCACUUAGUUUCCUCUUGAACAGGACACAGAGCUACGUCACACACUUGGUCACACAGCCCACUCUUCUGCCGUUUGCGCGCUGCUGUCACUUCUCACUCACCAAGACACUGACUCAUCCGAAGAAAACAGCGACAAAUCUGGCUCAUCGUCCUGAUUGAGUUGAUGAAAUAAUGCAUUAGCUUGCACAAAAUUUAUGUUUCAAAGUCAUUCCCUCAAUCCAACUGGCCGUCGCUCACUACCUCGGCUCCCUCUCCUAAAGUGGCACCUCGCUCUGCAAUUCAUUAAAAAUGUUCAUAUUACGUCCGCCCUUUGUGACCUCACAAUGGCUCCUCGGAUAUGUAGUUUUUCGUGGUGCUUUCGGUUUUGAAAAAGGACAAGAAAUUAUGGUAAUAUGGACAUAAACACAUGGUCCAUGCAGCGUUUAAUGUUUAUUUACGAGGGCAAUAAAACUAUAAAACUCAAAUGACAUUAUCUCCCGUUUUACUUGGUCGAUUGACUUCAAGUAAGAACUGUUGUGGACCUCAACUUUCGCACUUUGAAAUAAGACCAACCAGCGGCACGUGGCUGACUUAAUUACAGCGUGACAAGGCUUCAAAGAUGAUAUGCAUAAACAUGUCACCUCUGACACGUUCAGUGUUAAAGGGUUAAUAAAGGAAAAAUAUAAUUUUUCCGAUGUUACAAAGUGGAGAAAACAAAUAAUAGCCAACAUUUCCCAGAAGAAGCAAAAUAGCUAAUGUUAAACAUUUUUAAAUGCUAGUACUAUUUAGCCCAGAAAUGUUCAAAGUCAGGCCCGGGGGCCAAAUGCGGCCCGUGGUCAAAUUUCAACCGGCCCCCAGCCUCUGUCAUAAAAUCAAUAACGUCUGGCCCGCACACGGACUUAAUAAAUUGGUCAGCAGUACUGCUAUCAGCAUAUGAAGUAGCUUACACACUAAAUGUUGCUCCUCAUUUACCCACUAAAAGGCAGCAGCACUCUAAGCAAUAUUACCCCGUGUGACCCUUCCAAUUUUCUAAAAUGGCGAUAAUCAACAAAAAAAAAGAAAGUUGGCUUCAAGGAUAGGUGGAAAUUGGACUAUUUUUUCAGUAAAAUAUCCAACAACUGUGUCUUCCUUAUUUGCAAAAAGACAGUUGCUGUUUUUAACCCUUAAUUGCCAAAUGUAUCACAUUUGAUACACCUAAAAUUUCAUGAUUUUCAGAGUAAUUCAGAAUUUUGACAUUUCUUUUUGAAAAAAAAAAAAAAAAAAGAUGGAUGCAACACGUGGAUCUACAGAUUCCAUGAGAAAAAAAACAGGACUUAGCUAGGGUUAUAGAUAUUAGAGUGCUUAUUACACAUAUUCAUUUUGACAUUUCUUUUUACAAAUUUGAAAAAAAGGUUUCAUUAGGACCUUAUUUUUCAAAUUUUGGGAUUCUCUGAUAAUUGCUUCAUGUUGCAGGUCUUUAAGGGUUAAAGAGUUCAAUGUGAGGCGAUGUUACCAAACAAGAUAUGCUGAAAUGUACGGCAAGAUUACAGGGAAGAUACACAGCGAGAAAUUGAAGCAACUUGAAGCUAGUUUAAUUUCACAGCAGCAGUAUUUCGCAAGAGCCCGUGAGUCAAAUGAGAACACCAAAAAGGCUAGUUGCGAGAUUGUUGAAAUUAUUAAUUAAAAAAAAAAAAAUAAAUAAAGCAAAUGUAACACACAGAAUAGCUUUCUAAAAUUUGCUUAACUAUAUUGUUCUAUGUAAAGGACGUCAGCCAAGGUCGGCCCCCCACAUUUUUACCACACCAAAUCUGGCCCCCUUCGCAAAAAGUUUGGACACCCCUGAUUUAGCCAAUUAAAUACGAGUAUCUGAUUGUGCUGUUUACUUGGCAAACAAUAGCUACUAACUGUUGAAUGCCCGGCCAUUGGAGAAACAAACUUUAACGGACGUAGAAAGAGAAGCAGUCUGCUUUUCAGUUUCAGACAGAGAUUGAACAAGAACAGAAACUAUAAAGAGUGCAUGCCUAUUCUCUGAGCUACUUUUUACCUAUUUUGAGUGUCAGCAUUUUUCUUGGCGUCACUACGUCACAUUUGUCACACAAGGGCUGCAAGUAAGCGUUGUCUUUUUCUGUGUUUCAUAAUUACUUUUAUGUUUUUCUUUCUGGCCCACAAUAUACUCAGAAUGUUAAAAUAUAAAUUGCGUUAUUGUGAUGUUACAAUGUGAAAUUUGCAUUGCUUUACAAACUGAAUCGUUAGUUUUGUAAUAUUUUGAUUAUUAUAAGAUGUUGGAAUGGUAGUUAAUACUUUAAAAAUAUUUUCUUGUCAUUUAACUUUCAUAGUGUUUUGACAAUUUGACUCUGUUAUAUCAAGAUGUUUUUAAAAAUUUAUAUAGUUUUGUGAAGUUCUUUUGGUGUUAUGAUUGGAAAAAUUAAACCUUUAACCUGAUAGCAAUACAACCUACAGAAAACAUUGUUUUUACUCUCACAAUAUUAACACUUUAUAUCUUAAAAAGGGCAGCGUUAGUAUUGCAAACGUUGACCCUACCAACUUGGUAGGUCUUGACGAUGAUAGGUCUUUUCAUGCUUCUGCCGUGAAAUGAAAUUUACCACUACUACAUGUCCAAUCCAUUUUAUGUCAGCUGCCAGCCUUUUCCACUUUAAAAGGAUUGGACGUCUCACAUCGUCAAUGGCAGACAAUGAGUUGAGCUGUGUCUGACGAAGCCAUGAUGGCAAUUACUUUACAUUUAAGUGAGUUUGCAGUAAUUUAGUAUUAAAGAUUUUUUUUCUUUCAAAAAAAAAGAAUUGUAUUGUUACAGGAUUGGCAUCAGUAUCACAGUAUCCGAAUCGGUAUUGGGAGCAAAAAAAUUGGUAUCGGUGCAACACAAGUAUUAAUCACCCAAAACUUUUCAGCAAUUUGCUUUUUUCACCCAAUCUUGCUUGGUAUUCAUCCAUUAUUUAAUGUCCUGCUUCUCCGAUUAGGUCUUCGUUACGCAACUUUUGUAUUCCUGGGCUAAAAGGCUGAACUGUUAGUGUGCCAGAAUGCAUGUUAGCAUCAAAUAUUGUUCUUUGAAAGACAAUACUGUUGUUUUUGAUAGAGCUGAACCUGUUGUUUUUACCACUUUUGUUAGAAAAUCUAAUCUGAGAGUUUUUUUCUUCUUUUUGAGAACAGCUUGAUGUGUCUCAUGAAUAAACAGAUGGAAGUCUGUGAAACGUGUGUACUUUGCGCUUUUCUACACAGAGUGAAUUUCCUGUGCGGUGACAUUGAGACACCCUGACAGGAAACGAACAUGAUGCAACGAUGCCUUUCAGUCAGGACAGGCACUCACCACUCAUGUUCAAAAAACACAACAAGGUGUUUUUCCCACCCUAAAUCAAGGUCUUGUGUUAAGCAUGUGUCUCAACUAUAUUUGUGUGGGUUUUUGGUCCUCCCAGACAAUACACUCUUGUAGUGUUGUGUCUCCAGUUGUUUGUCGAGCAUGGGGAGACCUCGCAACACUUUUCCUCGGGACGUAUUUGUUGAUUGGGGGGCCCAAUAUGAGUUAGUUGCGCAGAGGAUUAAAACUAAUUCACUGAAGAAGAGACAUUUUUAUUUUAAUUUUGUAAAUUGGUAAUUCUUUUGAGAAUGCCGUUGUAUGGGGGUAAAAAAAUGUUUGUUUUUUAAAUUUGUUUUUUAGAAUAAAGUUGCAGUGUUAUAUAA